UUAUCAUGGCCGGACGCUACUUUGGGAGCUCUACAAUUUUUAUUCUUUUUUUACUUUUUACCGUAUCCAUUAAGACCCAGAAGUCAUCAACUAGUCUCCUAAAACGUUCCUCUGUACUAAUAUGUAAUGGCCUGGACAGGAAAGACUUUCCUGGUCGAAAUUCCUUGGUCAAGCGAUUUCCACGUGCUUCGCCUACGUCGCCAUAUUUGAAAUCUUUGGCUGGACUUCAGUUGUCCUACACCUUCCUCUGUGCUUCAUAUCUGCUACUUUUAGCGGGGGAUAUUAGCACCAACCCAGGGCCGAGGAAGGCAAUUGAAUUAUGUGGUGUGUGUGGAAAAGGAUGUCGCUCAACGCAGAAAGCUAUUUAAUGUGAGGAAUGUGAGAAAUGGUUUCACGCAAAAUGCGUAAGGAUAAGUAACAUGGAGUUUAAGGACUACGCUAAGAACCCAUCACUUUACUGGGCUUGUUCCACAUGCAUAUUUCCCGGUGAAAUUUCCAUUAACGAAACAACUUUUGAGUUACCAUCCGAAGGAACAGGUAAUUCUCCUGCGGACGACGACCCGUUACAAGAUAGGAAUCUAAUGGGUAAUAUAAAACUAGAUCCUGUUGAACCUGGCGCGGAAGGCAUUCCUGAGAAUACUGAACUGGAACGUUUAAGGAAUCAACACAAAAAGGAGCUGCUUAUCGCGCAUUUGAAUAUAAACAGUAUCCAAAACAAAUUUGAGGAGCUUUGUAAAAUUAUCAAGGAUCUGCAAAUACAUGUGAUGUUCAUCAGCGAAACAAAGAUUGAUUCUAGUUACCCCGAUUCUCAGUUUAGUAUGGCGGGAUACUCUCUCUAUCGUAACGAUCGUAAAAAAGGAGGUGGUGGCAUCAUGGCCUUAAUAUCGACAGCGCUUGUCAAAAAGAGACUUAAAAUUAAUAAGAAUUACAAAACUGUGGAAACCCUGGCUUUUGAAAUCAAAACAAAUAAAGGCAAUAUGGUAAUUCUGGGAAUUUAUAGACCACCGACAUUGUUGUGUGGAAACUACCGACUGGAGCUGGAAAAUGAACUUAGCGAACUUUGUAACUGGGCAAGUUUGCAGGCAAAUUUUGUGGUAGUUUUAGGAGACCUAAAUCUGGACAGAUUGAAACCAGAAAAGCCAGAGGGUAAAUUGUUACUAGAUUUAGAAGCUGAGCAAGAUUUUAAGUGCCUGAUAACUCAGCCAACACGGGUGGAAAAGCGUGGAGAUGUUAUCACAAAAACUCUAAUUGACGUGUUGCUUAGCAAUAAGCCGGAGUUAUUUAAAUGUGCCGGCAAUUAUUAUCCCUGCUUGAGUGAUCAUGCACUCAUCUAUGGCGUUCUAAAAGAAAGGAUAAAUCAAAACAAGCCCAAAGUUAUUUCCUUUAGGAGCUAUAAGAACUUUGAUGCGGAUUCGUACAAGAAAAUGUUAGAGAUGGCUCCUUGGCACGUAGGUGAGCUUUUUGACGAAACGGAAGAUCAAGUCAAUUAUUGGAACUCCUUAAUGAAUGAUAUUUUGGACGAGGUUGCACCUGUUAAAACUAUGAGAGUGCGUGACAAAGACGUGCCGUAUAUGACUACAGGUUGGAAAAGCGCUAUUCGAGCAAAGCGCAAGGCUAAUGCAAAAUACCUUAAAGAUAAAACUCCUGAAAAUUGGGAACUCAGACGCAGGGCUAGGAAUGAAGCGACACAGCAGAGGAGAAAAGCGAUAAAGGAGUAUUGGAGACUUAAAACUGCGGACUUGAAGGACAACCCUAAAGAGUUCUUUAAAACGUUUAAGCCGUUUCUGAGCACAAAGGGUUGUAAGGCAAGUGAAGAGAUUCUUUUGAACGAAAAUGGUGAAGUUAUCAAAGAUCAAAAACAAGUUGCUGAAGUUUUCGUGGAGCAUUUCGCAUCCAUAGCUGAUGGAAUUGGAGGUGAUGCUGUCAAAUGCAAGAAUGUGGAGGAUUUCGAGAAUCAUCCUAGUGUUUUAAGAAGCGCUCCGCUAAUCCAUUCAAGAUGAAAUGCAAUACUCAAAAAAAUGAUUUUUCAAUAAUUUGUCUAUAGACUUAUAUUUGUCUCCGGAUUACAAAAAUGUGUUUCUUUUUAAAAUCGAACGAAUAUUAAAUAUUUUAUGGAUUUUUACUUAUUUUUCUCGGCUUGACCCCGAAAAACACUACAAAAUUUGAACCAAGUAUCGCUACCUGCAGCGCAAAAAAUAAACAGCGCAGAAACACAACAACACCACAGGAGGCAAGCAGGAUAUAUGCUCUCAAUAUUAUUUUAAUCUCGGCUUAAUCCAGUUAAAAUAGAAUAUUUGACAGAUUUUCUCAAAUAUAGCCUCGCAUCCAUCAUUUUGCACGAUCGUUAAACCGACAAAUUGAGGCCUUAAAAGUCGCAUCUGGUACAUUGCUCUAUCAAAAAUGGUCAUUUUUCCUGAAAAGAUAGUCACUUACUGGCCUAGAAUCUGAAAUAAAAUUUUGGGGAUAAUAAAAUCCGGAGCGCUGAGAGCGCCAAGAAGAUACAACACUUCGCAUGUAUUUGACCUUUCAACUUGGGCUAACUAUGACACCAACUGCUGAAUUCGCAGGGAAAUUUGGCUUUUGCAGAAGCUCCCUCAUCGAUACAACGCUGAAAACAAAUUUGAGGACCAAUAAAUAUGUGUGUUAUUACUUGCAUUCUUCGUUGUGCGAGAUGAUUAAAAAAAAACACGUAUUUGAGUGAUUAUUUGAAUGGAUUAUAACUAGUCUUGCGUAAUCUUUGUGUCCAAAGAAUUCGUAACAUAGAUCAAAACAACAAGCUGAGUGGUUUUAAAUUUUCCUCACCUCAGCUUGGGAAAGUUCUUGAUAGGCAUCGUUUUUUAUCAAUGCUUGUUCCUCUACAAACGCAUAAAAACGGCUUGCGAUCACGGAAUGUUUUUCAUGGUGCUUCCACGUGACCGGCAGCGCACACAGGAAUCCCAAAGCUUCUCAAACACAAUGCAAAAAUAAAAGAGAGAAAAGAGAAAGAGCAACCAAUCAAAAAAUCUGAUUCCUUAUUUUGGAAUAGAAUAAAAUAAAUAAUGUCCAACUGUAAGGAUUGUUUGAAAUUGUAAGCCAUUGAAGUUAUCGGAUGAUGGAUUUUAUUCGUGUGAAAUUGACAUGUGGCAAUAAACAGAUAGUUUUUUAUACCAGUACCAGGUACCAGGUACGUUCUAUGAGUUUUUAUACACUGGUUUCUUCUUGCUGUCCGUUUUGCACAGUUUUAAUGAAUAUGGCUUUUUGCUCAUACUCUCAGUUCGUAGGCGGGGCGUGUUUCGCUAGUCAAGACAACCCUGAUAUAGUGCAGUGCGUGAAUAUCACAAACUGCACUCAAGAUAUCAAGAAGCAUCUCCUUUUUAUCGCUAAAUUACGAAGCAAAGCUGCUUUUGGCCAGUGCAGGUUUGUUUGACCCUGAAGGAAAAUACACAAAGCUCCCUAUCUGCCCAAGCCACCGCGAUGCACAUGGCGCAUCAGAUGGCGCAGUAAUCGUAAAAACUGCUGCUGCCUAGUAUUUUGGUCAGUCACCGGAGCCGCGCUAAGCGGAAAGUGGAAUAUCCGUGGACAGCGCAAGAUCCAGAUAUCCCGUGGACAGCGCCAGAUCCAGAUAUUCCUGUUUACAGCGCCAGAGCCAGAUCCCCCCGUGGACAGCGCCAGAGCGAGAACCUCCGAACCAUACCCCCCGUGGACAGCGCCCGAACCAUAUCCCCCCCGUGGAUAGCGCCAAAGUCGGUCCCCCCAUGGACAGAGCUAGAGCAAGAUCCCCCCCCCCCUCCCCGGUGAACAGCCCCAGAGCAAGAUCCCCCCGUGGACGGCGCCUGAUCAAGAUUUCCUUGUUGACAGAGCCAGAGCCAGAUACCACGGUGGACAGCGCCAGAGCCAUAUACCCCCGUGGACAUAGCAAGAGCCAGAUCCCCCCGUGGACAGCGCCAGAGCCAGAUCCCCCCGUGGUACAGCGCCACAGCAAGAAACCCCCAUGGACAGCGCCAGAGCAAGAUCCCCCCGUGGACAGCGGCAGAGCAAGAUCCCCCCGUGGACAGCGGCACAGCAAGAAACCCCCGUGGACAGCGCCAGAGCAAGACCCCCUGUGGACAGCGCCAGAACCAGAUUUCCUUAUUGACAAAGGCAGAGCCAGAUAUCACGGUAGACAGAGCUAGAACCAGAUACCCCAUGGACAGCGCAAAAGCCAGAUCCCCACGUGGACAGCACCAGAGCCAAAUCCCCACGUGGACAGCGCCACAGCAAGAUCCCCCCGUGGACAGCGCCAGAGCAAGAUCCCCCCCGUGGACAGCACCAGAGCCGAAUCCCCACGUGGACAGCGCCACAGCAAGAUCCCCCCGUGGACAGCGCCAGAGCAAGAUCCCCCCCGUGGACAGCACCAGAGCCGAAUCCCCACGUGGACAGCGCCACAGCAAGAUCCCCCCGUGGACAGCGCCAGAGCAAGAUCCCCCCCGUGGACAGCACCAGAGCCGAAUCCCCCCGUGGACAGCGCCAGAGCAAGAUCCUUCCGUGGACAGCGCCAGAGCAAGAUCCCCCCGUGGACAGCGCCAGAGCAAGAUCCUUCCGUGGAAAGCACCAGAGCCGAAUCCCCACGUGGACAGCGGCACAGCAAGAUCCCCCCGUGGACAGCGCCACAGCAAGAAACCCCCGUGGACAGCGCCAGAGCAAGAUCCCCAAGUGGACAGCGCCAGAACCAGAUUUCCUUAUCGACAGAGCUAAAGCCAGAUAUCACGGUGGGAAGCGCCAGAGCCAGAUACCCCGUGGACAUCGCAAGAGCCAGAUCCCCACGUGAACAGCAACAGAGCCAAAUCCCCACGUGGACAGCGGCACAGCAAGAAACCCCCGUGGACAGCGCCAGAGCAAGAUCCUUCCGUGGACAGCACCAGAGCCGAAUCCCCACGUGGACAGCGCCAGAACCAGAUCCCCACGUGAACAGCAACAGAGCCAAAUCCCCACGUGGACAGCAACAGAGCCAAAUCCCCACGUGGACAGCAACAGAGCCAAAUCCCCACGUGGACAGCACCAGAGCCAAAUCCCCACGUGGACAGCGCAAAAGCCAGAUCCCCCCAUAGAGCGCUAGAUUCUUCCAUGUAGAUCUGAUUGUGUACUGUACAGAAUGAUUUCCUCUGUGACAUAUACAUUAAUUUUUGGGGCUUUCAAACUAUUGUGAUAUUUUGUGUCCGUUUUAGAAAAUUCCUUGCUAUCAGUUUUUCUUAAUAUAUUUCGGAUACUUCGGAUACAAUUUCACAGCAAUGACUAAACAAUAACGGACCUUGAUAAAAAAAACGAUGCCUAUCAAGUGCUUUCCCAAGCUGAAUGCCACGAAUUGUUUGGACACAGACAUUACCUGAACAGCAAAUCAAACUGAAGGUUUUAAAAAGUGGUUAUUCAUAGCUCGUCAAUGUUGAAAAUGUUUUACCUGCACCGGCCAGAACCAGUUUUGGUGAAUCUCUCACCCCUAAGAAACGGAGAUGCUUCUUGAUGUCUUGUGUGCAGUUUGUGAUUUUCAGGCACCGCACUAUACCAGGGUUGUCUUGACUAGCGCAACACUCCCCGCCUACGAACUGAGAGUAUGAGCAAAAAGCCAUAUUCUCACUAAAACUGUGCAAAACGGACAGCAAGAAGAAACCAGUGUAUAAACACUCAUAGAACGUACCUGGUACUGGUAUGAAAAACUUCUGUUUAUUACCAACUUUCAAUUUCACACAAGAUGUGUAACUUCCGCUCCGCAUUGAAAUAAAAUACAUCAUUUCGAUGGCUUACAAUUUCAAGCAAUCCUUACGGUUGGACAUUAUUUAUUUUAUUCUAUCCCAAAAUAAGGAAUCAGAUUUUUUGAUGAGGGGCUCUUUCUGUUUUCUCUAUUUUUUUGCAUUGUGUUUGAGAAACUUUGGGACUCCUGUGUGCACUGCCGGUCACGUGGAAGCACCAUGAAAAACAUUCCGAGAUCGCAAGCCGAAGCGAGUUAAAAGGGAUUUUAUUCGUUUGUAGAGGAACAAGCAUUGAU